AUGCAACCUACUCCUCAGAUCACACAACAGGAAGAAACCGCCGAUUCAACUACAUCCAAGAAUCUCCCGUCUCGCCUUGCUGAUGGCUGCAGGGACCUACAUCGAAGCAAUGAUACUCAUCGGUGUGAUCAUGUACGUGAGCAUUGCGGCACGGAUGAAUACAAUAUUGGUGUUUUUAAUUAUUUGAAACUAUACUACUGCUCGUUUCCUAAGGCAUUGUCAUCUAUUUUUGCCUCAACUGUGUUGCUUUUUAGUUUUGCUGGCUUGGGUAAAACUGCCGCAGACUUCUUGAGCCCGAAUUUGUAUACUAUUUCUAAGGCGCUUCAGCUCUCUGAUCAUCUAGCCGGACUCACACUUCUUGCAAUCGGGAACAGUGCAGCAGAUAUCUUGGGUACCUUCAAGGCAUUAAGUGUAGGCUCAGCAGAGUUGGCUAUUUCAGAACUAAUAGGCGCAACACUUUUUGUUUUGACCGUUGUGGUGGGUUCCAUAUGCAUCAUCCAUCCUUUUAAGGUACCAGCUGCCCACCAUACUCGAGAUAGUAUCUCAUAUUUGCUUGUAUUAGUAGUUGUUGAGAUUGCAUUACAGAUUGGUACGCUAACUAUUGCGAUGGCAUCAUGUUUGGUAAGCAUUUACAUCAUCUACGUCAUCAUUGCUGUGGUAAAUCACCUGUGGAUGAAGUUUUCACAGAAGAAGAAGAUGACAGCAGCGAGGAUUCGUAGUAACUUCGACCGGCUCUCACCAAGUUUAUCGCCUAUUGAUACGAAUCGCGAAGAUUCCCCCUCUUGUAUUGAGACUCUUGAGGAUGCCAGUGAACAAGAAACCCAAAUGAACAAUGAACUAGAAAGGUACUUUUCUGCACAUCCAGAAGAAGAGCCGGAGUUUCCUGUACCAGUGCAAACGGGGUCGUAUGGUCUCAAGGUUUUACUAAAGGAGUUGAGUCACCACACUUCACGAUUCAAUAGUUCGAAGCAACCGCUGUUAAAUAGUUUUGAUAUUGUACGUGACGGAUCGGAUGAAAGAAUCACAGGUGAAAGUGAGGAAGAUGCUGGAAUUGACGACAACAGACGCUUACAUCCGUUGGCGUCCCAAGGAGCCUUUUUUAUGAACAGGAGCCUUCUAUGGGAGGCUCUAUCCAUGCUAUUACCCACAUGGGACAUCAACCAGCACCCACUCCAAAAGGUGUUAUUUGUCUUAACUUAUCCUGCAAAUGUUGCGCUUUCGUUCACCGCACCUGUUAGAGAAAAGGCCUUGACACAUGCAAGCAAUGUGGUUCAUAGCACAAAUGCUUUUACCUUGACGUCCACUAGUCAGGAGAGUUUGACGAGCAUUGAAGAAAGGUAUAACAUCCGCCUUGACCUUAUGAUCUAUAAGCUCCAAUUUGUUUGUGGAACUACAAUGUUAGCAUUCAUGCACUCAAGCUAUUCUCAAUCGUUUCUCAUAGUUGCUGUUUCAGUAACACUAUGCUCGUCUCUCAUCUCAUACAUAUGCCUUCCAUCAAGAUGUCCGCAAUUUGAGAGUCAAAUGCUUGCUUUUAGGCUAUGGAACUACAUUGGCUCUGUUUUGGGAUUUAUAAUUUCUAUUCAUUGGAUAUCAAUAUUUGCAACGGAGGUGAUUGCGAUCCUAAAACAGUAUGCAUUGAUCUUACGAUUAAGUGACGAAAUUAUGGGUUUUACCGUUUUCGCUAUGGGAAACUCUGUUGGAGACUUGGUUUCGAACCUUACCAUUGCUCUGAUGGGGAUGCCUCUCAUGGCAUUUGCCGCCUGUUUUGGGGGACCUUUGUUGUCUCUUUGCUCGUUAGGACUCAGCGCUUUGGUAAUGAUGUCGAAGACCUCAUCUCAUAGCAUUACUUUAUCUACCUCAAGGACUUUAAAGUUGAAUGUCUUGGUUAUCAUCUUAGUUCUCAUUUUCAUGAACGUCUAUUAUUCGAUAUCUCAUUAUAAGGCUGACAAGAGACUUGGAGUUAUUCUUAUCUUUUUUUGGAUUUUUACCGUUUCCGGUAGUGCUUACAUGGAGAUUAGGUAG